AAACGCAAAUUCACCACCACAUCCCCUCCGUGUGACUCACUCCCUCGCAAGUCCCAACAGAGGCGGCUCUUCUCCUUUGCCGUCAUUUCUCAACCCUCCACCGACACUGAAGGCGGUGCACCGCCGUCUGCCGGCGACGAUCCAAUGCCCUGCCUCCUCCGCAAUCCGCCGCAAUUCCUCCGCCUCCUCUCCCUUUCUUGCUCGGAUCACUGACCCACCGUCCUCUCUUUCUUCCUUCAAUUCCAAUUUCGCCGCCCAAAAAAAAAAAAAAAAUGGAUUCGAGCGCGUCUUCGAUCGACCAAAUCUCCAAAUCCGCCGCCGAGAUCCUCGCGAAAUGGAAGCAGUACAACGACAAGAUAAGCUCUUGCAUCCAGAACAGCGAUUCCCCAUCUGGGUCCAGCCCGAAAUCUGCGACGCCGCCGCAGCCGCCGCCUCCUCCUCCGCCGGCCGCGGUGGCGGUGGCGGUGCCAGUCCAGGUGCCGACCCGGAGAGUGCAUGCAAAAGGGUCGAAGAAAGGUUGCAUGAAGGGCAAAGGAGGGCCGGAGAAUCUGAGGUGCAAUUACAGAGGGGUGAGGCAGCGGACGUGGGGGAAGUGGGUGGCCGAGAUUCGAGAGCCGAGCCGAGGAAGCAGGCUCUGGCUUGGGACGUUCCCGACGGCCCUUGAGGCUGCUCUUGCUUAUGACAAGGCCGCGAGUGCAAUGUAUGGCUCUUUUGCGAGGUUGAAUUUCCCUCUCGGUUUGAGUUCCAAGGACUCCUCCAACAACUCCUCUUCUUCUACCACCGUUGCUGCUCCUGAGAAAGAUGCUUCAACCUUAAAUGAGCCACUGUCCGCCGAUCUCCAUCUCGGCAGUUUUUCGAUGGUUUUAGUAGAUGAGCGUCCAAAAAAGCAUUCGAAGGCCAGCACUUCCUUAUCACCAGGUGCAAGGUCAUCGCCUCUUAAAGAAAGCGAGUCUUUGGAGUUCGAGCUGUCACUGCGGAGUGGGAAUGGAAUCUCCAGUCCUCAACACAAUACGGAAGUAGAUCUCAAGCAGGAGCCAGCUGAAAAUAUACUUCUUGAUCUCUCCAAAUCUGUCAUUUGUGUUGAGGAGGUUUCUGACAAGACUACUGUGGAAAAGGCGGAAGGAUCAGCUGAAAGUUCAACCACCUCAGAUACUACCUUUGAUUCAUCUAAAUCUGUCGACAUGAUUGCUACCAGCAGCACUGUUACACUCUCUGAGAGCAAGGAUUUGAAAACAUGGCUAUCGAAGAUGAGACAACUCAUCAAUGGAAAGCCUGUUGAAGUCUCUGCAGAGGCAGAACUUGCCAGUCUCAUCAAAUCCAAUGAUGAGGAGGCUCAGAAGGCUAGAACCGUGUUUGAGAGCUUGAAGUCCAUGGAUUUCAAAUCACUAUCUGACCCCGAUUUCUCAGAAAGAUUAGAGCAAGCAAUCUCUGCUCUUCUGUCCGACAAGAGCGACACACCUCAUGGAUGCUCAGCUCUCUACAGAAUCUCAAAGCAGAUUUCUUUUCUUUGUUCGGACUUCAAACGGGCACAAACCGAUAUACUGGAAGUCACAGAGAUGUUCCUUAUGAAAGAUUCCCUGAAGGCUGAGCUUGACGAGAAGACCGUUCAUUUCGAAAGGUUACAGAAGAUCGAUACAGGAUGCGACAAGAAGAUUGAGAGCCUCGAAGCCAAGAUCAGCAAGCUGCAAGCCCAGUUGAAGAAGGAGAAGGAAGCGAAAGUGGAAAACUCUUUCGAAAUAAAGAGACUGUACAAGGAGACCGAAGAGAAGGGGGAGCUUUUCAGGCAGUACUUUGAAGAAGAAGCGAAGUGGAGGCUUAAAAAGAGGAAGGCUGAGAGGGACGUUGAGCGGGUGGAGAAGGAUUGGGAAGAGCUGAAGAAAGAAUUUCUGCUGUUCUAACACAGUAUUUAAUAAUGUUUAGUUGCUGUAGUUUCCAGACAUGUUGGGAUUGUAGAAUACUUACUUUGUUUUGAACUAUUGAACUCUCAAAGACUACCAAUUUGCAGACUGAAUCUGUUGGUUGGCCCUCGACAUUCUU